UCCACGCAGCCGCCCGGCAGCGGCGAGCGCUACGGGCUGUCGGCGAGCCUGGACAACGCGCGCCACCUCUCCAGCCUCCUGCGCGCCGUGCACUUCCAGGACCACGCGAGCUGCUUCGCCACGGCCAACGGCAUCAAGGUGACGGUGGAGGACGCUAAGUGCCUGCAGGCCAACGCCUUCAUCCAGGCGGAAAUUUUUCAAGAAUUUACUGUUCAGGAGGAAUCUGUGAUGUUCCGGAUCAAUUUGGCUGUUCUGCUUGACUGCUUGACUAUUUUUGGUGCAAGUUCUUUGCCAGGAUCAUCAACAGCUCUUAGGAUGUGUUAUCGCGGUUAUGGCUAUCCCUUGAUGCUGUUCUUAGAAGAAGGAGGAGUGGUGACAGUGUGCAAAAUUAACACUCAAGAACCUGAGGAGUUGUUAGACUUCGAUUUCUGCAGCACAAAUGUUGUUAAUAAAAUUAUCCUACAGUCGGAGGGGUUACGAGAAGCGUUUGCUGAGCUGGAUAUGACCAGUGAAGUCUUGCAGAUUACCAUGUCUCCGGACAAACCAUAUUUCAGGUUAUCCACUUUUGGGAAUGCUGGAAGUGCGCAUCUCGACUAUCCACGGGACUCGGAUCUGAUCGAAGCGUUCCACUGUAACCAGACCCAGACUAACAGAUACAAGAUUUCUUUGCUUAAACCAUCUACAAAGGCACUAGCCCUGUCUUGUAAAGUGUCCAUCCGGACAGAUACUCGAGGAUUUCUUUCACUGCAGUAUAUGAUUAGGAAUGAAGAUGGGCAGAUCUGUUUCGUAGAAUACUAUUGUUGCCCUGAUGAGGAUGUUACGGAACCAGACUAG